AUGGCAGAAAUGAGUAUUAGAAAUCAUAAGCUGAAUGCGGAGUUGUAUGAGGCAUUGCUGAGUGGAGAUGCAGAUAAGGUGAAAGAGUUGUGUGCAAGAGCUCCGGAGCAAGGAUUGCACAUAUUGACAAUACACGACGACACCGUGCUCCACGUAGCCACUUACUCCAAACAAGCCCAACUGGUACUCGAUCUUCUUGACGAUUUGCCUCCCCAACAUCUUGACAAAAUGACCCGACAAAACCACCAAGGAAACACUAUUCUCCACGAAGCGGUCAUAUCCAAAUCACAAAUUGACGUGGUAAAGAAGGUAUUAGAUAAGGCUCCCGGACUGCUAUGCAUGCGUAACCACCUUGGAGAGACCGCGCUCUUUCGGGCGGUGCGCCAUGGCAAGGAUAAGGUAUUCAAGUUUCUUGCAGGAAAAAUUUCUGGCUACAAUUUAGCUAAUCAACAGCUCUUCCUCCGGAGAAGUGAUAAAAGCACCAUUCUACAUGUUGCCAUCGUUAACGAGCACUUCGAUUUGGCCCUGCUCGUUGCCAAAAUGUUCCCACGCUUGGUUGGUGAACGUGACGCAGAUGGAAUGACUGAUCUUCAGCUUCUAUCAUGCAACGCUACAGCUUUUGAACCGAAGGACAAAGGGAAAUUUUUCCAGCAAAUCAUCAAUUUUGGUUCGUUUAUCGCCCAAUAUUUGAUCUGGUCAUGUUAUUGCUGUACAAUAUGUGUCCCUGAUAUGUGUAUUCUUGUUUCGGGCCAUCACGCCAUAUUGCAUGCAGUUACUGUAAGAAAUGGAAAUACAAAGAAAGUUUGCAAGUAUGAAAAUACAGAGAUGAAGAGAAGGUAA